UCAUGUGCUUGUCCAAGUCGUGUUAUCAGGCCAUCUCCGAUCCUCAAUUCUUCCACCUUCACCUCCAUCAUUCCAACCAAAGCAACAAACAAUUUCUCCUUCAGAUUAGUGGGAGCCCUCUAACUCUGCAAUCUUUGUCUUUCUGCCAUCAUCAAUUGCUUCGAGAACCGGUGACAUUGGAUCCACCUAUUCUGCUUCUGUCUGAUUGGCGGUGGGAAAUGGUCGGUUCCUGCAACGGGGUUCUGUGUUUGACAACUUCUCCUGAAUCCAUUCACUAUUUAGGUAUUUUAAACCCUUCAAUUCAAAAGUUAAAGCUUGUUCUUUUUCCCGAUUUGGAGGAUUCCUUCCUUCUCUCUGACGGUCUUGAUGGGCCGGUGGAUGGAACAUACAUUUCAACUGAAAUUGGGUUUGGUUUUGAUUCCCGCACAAGUGAUUUUAAGAUUGUGAUCAUUUUUCAAGAAAUAUUUACAGGAAGAUGGAGACAAGUUCAAGUUUACUCGCUAAGAAAAAAUUCAUGGAAGGUUCUUAGUAAUGUUCCCAAUUCUUUAUACGAUAUGUAUGAGCCUCAAGUAGUUGUUAAUGGAGCUUUUUAUUGGUUUGUAAACUCUGUCAUCAGUGAUUAUUUCUCGAUCUUGAUGUUUGAUUUCACUGAUGAAACAUUUAAAGAGAUUAAGAUGCCAUAUUGUUUCGAUGAAGAUCUAGGCGAAUUUGAUAGCUUGGGGGAAGUCAAGGGAAAACUAUCCUUGCUGCAUUUUGAUGUAAAUUCUUCUACGGAUGUUUCAUUGGAGCUGUGGAUGAUGGAGGAUUCUGGUUGGGUUAGACAAUUUGUUGUCAAUGUGAGGCAGCUUCGUGCACCUAUAUGCUUGGCCAUGAAUGAUGAAGUUAUGCUACUGUCAACACUUUUUAAUGUUGGCCAUAUUCUUUCUUGUGACCUCAAGACCUUGGAGUUGACUGACCAUGAAGUUGAGGAGCGGACACCCCAUGCUUUUACCUAUACACCGAGCCUGGCCUUACUUGGGGAAGAAAACUAGUGGUUGAAAACUAGUGGUUUGAGGACCUCUGAAUGAUUGCCUGCAGAAUCGCUUGUCCAAUUCACAUGCCUGUCCAAGCUGUGGUCUCAGGUUAUCAUUAAGUUCUCAAUUCUUCCUCGACCUCCUUCACCAUAUCAAUCAAACAAAUAAAAAGUUUCUCCUUCAGAUUAAAUGCAAAAGAUCUCUGCAGCUUUGAUUAAUCUCAGAUGUAGAGAUACUGAACACAUCCCUGCAUGGUUGGUGGUUGUUUAAAAUUGUUGGUAGCUUAUGAUUGUCACAGCUUUUUUGUUCUAAAUCCUUCCAUCAAAAGACUCAAGUUUCUCCCCAAUCCUCCUCCUUGAAGUUUCUACCUUGGCUCCCUAUGUGAUGUUGAUGUUGGUUUUGGUUAUGAUUCCUCCACCAAUGAUUUCAAAGUGGU